AUGCACACAGGAGAAAUGCCUCAUGAAUGUGGUGAUUGUGGGAUAUCUUUUAGCUAUAAAUCUGAACUCAUCCUGCACCAAAGAAUUCACAAUGGAGAAAGGCCUUAUGUGUGCGAGUGUGGAAGGUCUUCUAGGCAGUUUCUUAGCUUUAUUAGACACCGGAAUGGCCACGUCAGAGAUAGGCCAUAUGAGUGCAGUGCUUGUGAAUCAUUUAGCCACAAAUCUGGCCUCAUCCAACACCAGAGAAUUCAUACUGGCACAAGACCGUAUGUAUGUAGUGAGUGUGGGAAAUCAUUUAGACAACAGCCUGCCCUUAUUCAACACCAGAGAGUUCACUCUGGAGAAAAGCCUUACGAGUGCAGUGAGUGUGGGAAGACCUUUAGCCAGAGUUCUAGUCUUCUCCGACACCAGAGAGUUCACACUGGAAAAAGAACAUAUGAGUGCAGAGAGUGUGGGAGUCCUUUGGACAAAUCGUCUGUCCUCAUCAAACACCAGAGAAUUCAUACUGGCACAAGACCACACGGAUGUAGUGAGUGUGGGAAAUCGUUUAGACAACGGUCUGCCCUUACUCGACACUGGAGGAUUCACUCUGGAGAAAAGCCUUAUGAGUGCAGGGAAUGUGGGAAGCCCUUUAGCCAAAGUGCUGGCCUCAUGCAACACCAGAGAGUACACACUGGAGAGAAACCUUACAAGUGCAGUGAGUGUGGGAAGGCCUUUAGGCAGACAGAGCUCAUCCAGCACCAAAGGAUUCACAGUGGAGAAAGGCCUUAUGAGUGCAGCGAGUGUAUAAAGUCAUUUAGGUGCAAAUAUGGACUCAUUCAGCACCAGAGAGUUCACACUGGAGAAAGGCCUUUUGAGUGUGGUGAGUGUGAAAAAUCCUUUACCUGCAGGUCUGGCCUUAUCCAACACCAGAGAAUUCAUACUGGCACCAGACCGUAUGGAUGUUGUGAGUGUGGGAAAUUGUUUAGACAACGGUCUGCCCUUAUUCAACACCGGAGAGUUCACUCUGGAGAAAAGCCUUGUGAGUGCAGGGAAUGUGGGAAGGCCUUUGCUCACAAAUCUGAACUCAGUCAGCAUCAGAGAUUGCAUACUGGAGAGAGGCCUUUUGAGUGUAGUGACUGUAGGAAGUUUUUUAGCCAAAAGUCUAACCUACUUAGACACUGGAGAGUUCACACUGAGGAACAGACUUAAAAUCGCCAGGAAUUUUUAUUUCCUUGCUCGGUGUGACAACACCAGAGUAGACUUCUGGGGGCUAG